CAGAAGUGUAACCUGACUGUACGAAGGUGAAAACUGCAGAACAGACACUGAUAGAGAGCCGGGGAACAGGGACUCCCCUGGAGAACGAGUCCCUUCAGAUGGAGGAGGAGGGAAACCACCACAUUGCCUCUGGAUCCCAGGUGGAAACCAAGGAAACAGAGGAUGUUGCAACCAAAAGAGCCAGAAAAAGAAAUGAGGAUCAAAGACCAGACGAUCCCAUCAGGAAAGCUAAAGAGAAAGAGAGGAGGAAAAGGAGAAAUGAAAGAAGAAAAAAGAAUAAAGCAGCAAACCUAAAAGGAGGUGUGGACAAGGAGAAGAUGGAGGUUGUGGAGACUAGAGGCAGCCAGACUGAGGAAAGUGCACCACUAGAAACCCAACAUGAGGACGCCAAAACUGAAGCCGAAAAAGAGACGAACCCCUCAGAAGACAAACCCAGUAGAAGCCAACACCACAAACGUGCUAAAAUGGUACAAGCGCAGACUCAGACAAAGAAACGUUCAGUGCCAAAAGAAGACGACAGCAGUGAAAAAUCUCAACAUGGUCAAACUCAGCCACGUGAUGACAGUAACGGAAACCCGGUGGUCCAAGAUGAUGCUAAAGCUGCCGUCCCACCGGAGAAAAACGAAGCUGCAGAGACGAAACCACAACAAGAUCAAGCCACACCAGAUACCCAGCUGCAGGAUGCUCAAAAUAACGAUCCAGAUACAAAGUCAUCAGAGUCGGCUGUGGAGCAGAAAGAGAAACAGAAUAAAAAAGCUAAAUCUAAAGAGGAGACUCCCUCUGCAGGAGUCUCAGGUGAUCCUGCAGACUCUAAAGCUGAAAAAGAUUCUACAGCAAAGUCUUACGCUACAGCUGCGUCUGAAAAGGGGAAAAGUGAGAAGCAGUCUACGAUGUCCGAUGAUAAAACAGCAGAUAAAACCACAAAAGCAUCCCAAAGCACACGUGAACGAAGCCCAGUGAGACCUCCGCCUUCUGUCCCCAUGUUCACCUUUCACAUCUAUGCUGUGCUGGACAAGAAGUUCAAAUUCAACCAAGAAUUAGACACACUUGUUCUGUAUUGUGAGGAACAGUAUUACCCACUUACUAUGACACAUUUUGUGUAA